UCAAAGCUUAGCCAAACAUGCCCUAAUUAAAAAGGAGGAGAAAAAAAUGAAACGCUCUGAAAAUCGCAUCUAGGGUUUCACGAAGAGUCGGAGACCCCAAUUGUCCACUGCAGCAAAUCGUCGAUCUCCCACUUCAUCUCCGUCGACCUCCAGUCCACCGCAACCGUCCCACCUCCGCCGACCUCCAGUCCACUGCAAUCGUGAGAGUCCAAUUGUGUUAGAAAGUGUGCUUGUGAUUACUACCGUUAAAAGACGCGUAAGACUGGAAGAAAACCAAUGGCCUUAGUUCCAACCACCGAAACCGACGGUGCUGUGUUCACCGAAGUCGACAUGGAUUCCUCUGAUUCUAGCUCAACGGUUCGAGCCACUGUUGUCCAGGUUUCAACCAUCUUCUUCGACACCCCUGCUACUCUUGGUUUGGUUCACUUCAUAUAAUAAGUUCAUCAAGCUUGUAUUUUUAUCUAGCUCGCGUUAACUAAAGAACUCAUUGUGUUAUGAAUUUCAAGAUGUUUAGGAUUUAUGCAUCAGUAGAUUGCUUCAUUUUGAUUAGACUGAUUAGCCUUUCACACAAUGCCAGUAUGUGAAUGAUCAGUAAGUUCACCAAUAUUAUUCCGUUAACAGUCUUGUUUGUGGCACUUGCAAUUAGUAUCACAUCAUCAAGCCUGCUAACUACAUUUCUUUACUAAUUUUCAAUAACCAAAUGUUUCUCUGAAUUCACAUUAUCUAGUCACAUAUCAUCUAAAGCUGUUAAUUUUCUAAACAGAACUGAAAUAGAUUGGUUACUGCACAUACACGAACACAUCUUAUUAUUACAAGCACAUAUGCUGAAUGUAUAAAUUUUUUCCAUCAAGCAGUAGUAAGGUGACUUAAUCAAGAAUUUUGUGGGAUGAGAGGAUUCUGUGUGACCCACCUUUCAUAAUCUUGUAUCAAUUGUUGCAGUAGCAAUGGUACAAGUCUGUCUACUAAAGCUUGCAUCAUUCUGCAUCCCAACAAAGUUCAUUUUCAAGGAGUCAAAGUCAAUCAUGUAAUCUUGUUCAGUUUAGUUAAACAGGGAGACUGUACUUACAAAUUGCCUGGAGCCUCAACUGCAGAUGUUGGCAGCAAACUAAAUGAAAGCUUUGGUAACGACAUCUUCAGGAACCGCUGACGCGGUUCGGUGUUCAGAAGAGGUCAAGUCAGAUAAGAAGGGAAAGGGCGUUGUUAUGUCAUCAACAUUUGGUUGUGCAAUAGAUAUAGAUUCAGAUGAUGAUUCCUGUUACGGAAAAGACUAUAUAAAUUUAUCUUCCGACGAGUCUGAAUCCGAGGAUGACUAUGCAGUUUUGCAAUCUCGUUUUGAUAACAUAGAUCUUCCCACUGGAGUAGAAGCUGCCAUUCCACAUUUUGUUGAUUCUAUCAAGAUGAAAAACAAAAUUAAGGUCAAUGGUUCAAAAACAUCAGCAGGUUCAGGUCUGCGGGUACAAAGGAGUGCAAUGAAGGUUCAUGCCGAGCCUGCUAAUGGUUUAAAAAUAUCGGUAGGUUCGGGUCUACUGGUACAAAGGGGCGCAAGGAAGGUUCAUGCCGAGCCUGCUAACGUACUUAGGAAGUAUCGAAACUUCAAAAAGUUUGAUAUUGUUGAGGAUUAUUCGGAUCAUCACUAUUCAGGAUUGACUAAAAAUGUGAGUUCGAUUCUUUCGGGUGCCCUUCCACCAAAGCUACAAGAUCCGGGGAAUCCCAUUAUUUCAAUACAAGUGGGUGAAUUCAAAAUGAGCCGGGCACUUCUAGAUUUUGGUGCUUGCGUGAAUAUCUUACCGGGUAGUUUGUAUGACCAAUACGAAUUCGGUCCACUUCAAGCGUCAAAAUCCACCGUGACGUUGGCCGACUUGACACGCAGACCACUCCGUGGGAUGGUCACCGAUGUAAUUGUCAAGGUCGAGGACUUUUAUUAUCCGGUGGACUUUCUCGUACUUGAUUAUGUCUCUCUAGAUCGAACCAAGCAACCAACGGUUAUCCUUGGUCGACCAUUUUUGGCAACAUCAAAUGCCCAAAUCAAUUGCAAAUCGGGCACGGUCAACAUGACUUUCGGUAACCGUUGGUUGCGGUUAAACGUGUUUUCAGGAUUGACGAAUCCUUUAGUCAACGAUGAAUGCUACAUGGCGGACAGAAAAGAUUAUAUAAAUUUAUCUUUCGACGAGUCUGAAUCCGAGGAUGACUAUGCAGUUUUGCAAUCUCGUUUUGAUAACAUAGAUCUUCCUACUGGAGUAGAAGCUGCCAUUCCACAUUUUGCUGAUUCUAUCAAGAUGAAAAACAAAAUUAAGGUCAACGGUUCAAAAACAUCAGCAGGUUCAGGUUUGCGGGUACAAAGGAGUGCAAUGAAGGUUCAUGCCGAGCCUGCUAAUGGUUUAAAAGUAUCGGCAGGUUCAGGUCUACGGGUACAAAGUGGUGCAAGGAAGGUUCAUGCCGAGCCUGCUAACGUACUUAGGAAGUAUCGAAACUUCAAAAAGUUUGAUAUUAUUGAGUAUUAUUCGGAUCAUCACUAUUCAGGAUUGACUAAAAAUGUGAGUUCGAUUCCUUCGGGUGCACUUCCACGAAAGCUACAAGAUCCGGGGAAUCCCAUUAUUUCAAUACAAGUGGGUGAAUUCAAAAUGAUCCGGGCACUUCUAGAUUUUGGUGCUGGCAUGAGUAUCAUACCGGGUAGUUUGUAUGACCAAUACGAAUUCGGUCCACUUCAAGCGUCAAAAUCCACCGUGGAGUUGGCCGACUUGACAUGCAAAUCACCUCGUGGGAUAGUCACGGAUGUAAUUGUCAAGGUUGAGGAUUUUUAUUAUCCAGUGGACUUUCUCGUACUUGAUUAUGUCUCUCUAGACCGAACCAAGCACCAAUCAACGGUUAUCCUUGGUCGACCAUUUUUGGCAACAUCAAAUGCCCAAAUCAAUUGCAAAUCUGGCACGGUCAACAUGACUUUUGGUAAUCGUCGGUUGCGGUUAAACGUGUUUUCGGGAUUGACGAAUCCUCUAGUCAACGAUGUAUGCUACAUGGCGGACAGUGUUGACGAGUGUAUACCUCUAUCAGACACGGGUGUUGAUGAGGAAAACACAAUGGGGGAAUGUUUUAUGUUCGACAGGUUGCAAACGGAGACAAAUCGAAGCAUAGAUGAGGAGGAAAAGAAGUUGGAGGUUAUGGCAGUAAGGGAAGGAAGGUCCCUGUGGACUCACCAAGUGGGGAGUCUACCAGACAAAAUAGACACAAAAUUAAAGCCUUCCUUGGUAGAGCCUCUAACGGUGGAGUUGAAGGUGUUACCCAAGUAUCUCAAGUAUGCUUGUGUGGGUGAAGGCAAUACGCUCCCGGUCAUUAUUUCAUCAAAAUAGACAAUCAAAGAUUUGAAAAUUCACUAGAUGCUUUGGAAUCACUAUAUGGAAUAAGCGUUUCAUCAAUCCUAAUAAUAUAAGAAAUUAUCAAACCUAUGUCUCCUUACCCUUCUUAGGAUUGUCAUUCGUUGUAAAGGAACCUUUAUAUUUACUAAGAUAAUCCUAUUUUCAUUUGAUAGCCGAUAUAUAUUUUGACGCU